UGAUGUAUAGUUUCCGAACCCUGGGAAUAUUUACUGGCCACAAAGUUCAUAUUGCAGUUUUGCCAUGAAACUGCAAUAUGAAUUGUGUCAUAUUAGUGAAAUUAUGUGACAGGAUAUUUAUAGAUAACCUUCUGCUUAAGAUGAAUUAAUGCUUGAUAUAUAUUUAUCCACUGAGUGAUGCCGGUUUAAACCCUGGAGAAACUGGGUUUACUGUAAUAUAUGUAUCAUAUAUAUGUAUAUGCAAUGUGGUCAUGGAGGACCAUAAGCCUCUUUGGCAUAUUACCGUCCACCUCUCGUCGCUCAUAUCUCUAAUCCCUGCAGAUGGAAAGCUGAUAUUGCUCUGUGACAGACUCAAUCCUAUUAACUGUGUCUGUCCUAUAUUCACCUCUCCUCCGUCUCACAUACCUUGCUCCGCUGGAAAUUUGACAGAGGACCCCCUCUCUGAAAAACCUAGAAAGAGGAGUGCUGGGAUUUAGGUCUAGACAAGAGAUUAGGAGAAGUGGCACACUUAUGAUAUGAGAUUUUUUUUCCUUGUCUGGUGAACUACAUUUUUGCAUUAUUCCGUUGCAGCUCAGAGACCAUGUUCUCAUUUUUCAAAACCAUCUUGACGUUUCCAUCUGUCCGUCACUCCUUCCACCCAUCCAAGCUUUAGAGAACAUUAUAAAUCUUCUAACGCUCAGUUCCUCUCCCUCCUCCUCUCUGAUGAUACCCGUUUUCCCAAUGAAGGAGCCGGAUCUUCACCAAGACAAUGAAUCCGUCACCAGCCAGAGAAGCAACCACCAAGUUUCACCCCCUUCUCUGAACAGGUUCUCCUUAAAAGAGGGUGUCUAUCUGUCAAAAUAUACGAACCACCAAAACCAUGAACCAAUCACCAUUCGUGUCCCUGAACGCCUCGGGAGGAGCUCUGCUGUUGAACCUCUCACACGUGGCGUUGGAGCACCGACAGCUCCUGCAGCUGUCCGGGAGGGACGAGGACGAGGCCUAUUUUGUGGACUACAUCCCCCCAGCUAGAGACGCCAUAACUCUGCCGCGCAAUGUGGUCUACGUCCUAAUUGGGGUGGUGUUGGUUGUAGUGGCCACUUACGCCAUAGUGGGACACCUGAUCAAAGAUCUGAUGCAUGACCUGGCAGACUGGAUGUUUGGGCCCAAACCGGUGGAGGAUGAUUCAGAGGAAGGCAUGGCGGAGCUAAAAGACGAGCCGCGCCUGAGUGUUGCCAGUAAACUAAUGGAGAGAGACAUGCUGAGGAUGGAGAUGGAGAAGGACGGGCUUCUGCCUGGUUUCCACCGGGGAGAAGGGGACCACCGCCGCCCAUCCACCCCUCAUCUGCUGAGGAGCUCCAUCCCCUCGUCGUACCCUGGAGAAAAAAGGAUAUCUACUCAUAGCGUGACCUUCGCCUGCCCCCUGACCCCUUAUGUCACUUCCCUCUGAGUUCAAAUUAAAGUCAUAUCUCAUAUGUUAGUGCGGUGAUCAGUGUUGUGACUUAGUUGUAGUGAUGCUAAAGUAUUUCAUUUAAUUAUUAAAAGUUAAUGUGAACACAG